AUGAGGAUUGUGUCGACAGGUCAACAAAAGACUGGCCUUGCCAGCUUCUUGGAGCAUAUCGGCAUACCAUUACUAUGUCUCUUCGGCGUGGCGCUGUCCACUGGGCUAUUCUUUGAUCGAUACUGCCCGCAGUACAGCAUACAAAGCUCUGGCAGCUACGACUUCUCAUGCGCAGCCGAUGGCACUGUCAUAUAUCCCCUGGGAGGCUGCAGGAACCAAUGCUGGAACCCGAAGCUGUUUCUCAGUAUUACACUGGCAUCUGGCAAGCUCACGUUCCCACAGGCAAAGGCUGUUGACAUAUGCUGGGAUCUGGUUGUCGGUCGGGGUGGUCAGAUGCUGUUGUCCGUCUUAACUUACCCAGUCAUCAGAAAGUCUUUGAUCACUCUCCUGGAGAAGCGGCCGCUACGCAUGCCCUUGGUCACCAGUCUCACCUUUGAGCACUUUUCCAUGCGGUCGUGGUGGGCGCUUACCAAGAAUCUCGUCCACUCUUGGAGCUGGAGACUUUUUGGCUAUCUCUACGUUGUCAUCUACCUCCUGGCGUUCGGUACUUUGGUCUCGGCAAUGACUGGUUAUCAGGCCAAUAUGGCUCCAUUUUAUCGCGCCGAUGGCAAUCUUAUGGACUACUCGAAAGUGCAAGUUGUGGAAGCUUCUGUCAUUCUGGACGCCGACCGCGUAGGAUUGGAGCCAACGGUUACUGUAUAUUCCUCUCAAAGAGACCCCAACUACCCUCUCUGGAAUUACACCGCCCUCGCGAGCACAUACUGUCACACUUAUAGCUUCUACAGACGGGCAGAAAAUCGUUCCAAUGGUACAUUGUAUUCGAACGAUACCUCGUAUGGCGUCUUCUAUGUUGCGAACUACCCCGCUGAUUUUGAGGAACCAUCGGACUUGUUCUCGAUCGACUGGGUUGUGAACGAGACCGCGACGGAAGCUCGAUUAGGCUCUAGCUACAAAGGCCGCAAAACGGAGUCCCCAGUGAGGUACAUCGACUGCACGACGAGCAACAUCACACUUGGCAAUCAGACGUACUCGCUACCAGCGCCUCCACUCGACUCUCGGCCACAAGGUCAACUCUACCUCGACGAGAAUGGAAAGAUUCUCGAUCAACGAUGGCUGCACACCAGCGAAGUAUCAUCCUGCCAAACGACGGAGACCUACCAAUGGGGCUUCUCAUCCCUGCUUCUCUUCACGUUCUGCAUGUCGACCAUCGUAUUCCUCAGUGUGUUGAUGGCCAUAAACAUCGACAUCUGGCUCAACAGUCAAGUCAACCGCAUGAAGCAGACCUUCUCCCUUCAUCGAGAUAUCCUGGACUAUGCCAACGAGAUCAGAGCUGAACUCGGAGGAAAAGUGGAUGACAUGCCGCCGAAAGACCUGGACUCUAGCAUGGAUGUCCUGGGUGCAGAAGCUAGUGCUUCCGCAUACGAGUAUCCUCCCUCCCGAGCGCAAGUGUAUCGAAAGGAGCAUACGCCACGUCUACGAAGGCUUGGAUCGGAGCUGCGCGCGGGCCACACUUACAGCAUGGCCGAAACGAAGCGGUCGUUGGGUCUGUCGUAUGGCCCAGUGAGGAAAGUUUCCACUUUUGAGGGCUACGACGAGAGCCUGCGGGCGUAUGAUAUGACCUGA